GGCUAAAAUAUACUAGCAUUCAAAUCGCCUAUUAGAAAAAGUAAUUAAGCACGUCACUGACAAAUUUUGACACUGACGUUUCUUUUCGUGUCGGUAUCCGAAGACGUGAACUAGUUCACAACACAAUGGCAAAACCUAAAGGAGAGAGGAAAGGCAAAUCCGCUAUUAACGAAGUAGUGACUCGUGAAUACACAGUCAACUUACACAAACGCCUUCAUGGAGUUGGUUUCAAGAGGCGCGCUCCUCGAGCCAUUAAGGAAAUCAGGAAGUUCGCCGAAAAACAAAUGGGAACUCCCGAUGUUCGUGUGGACACCCGUUUAAACAAAUACCUGUGGUCCAAGGGAGUCAAGAACGUCCCCUUCCGCGUGCGCGUAAGACUGUCCCGCAGACGCAACGACGAUGAGGACUCCGCGCACAAGCUGUUCACGCUGGUGACCUACGUGCCCGUCGCCUCCAUCAAGGGUCUGCAGACGGAGAACGUGGACGCUAGCCAAGAAUAAAUAAUAGGUGUAACAUA